AUGUUCUUCACCACCUCCCCAGACGCCCUCUUCAUCCCGCCCACGACCAUCGACCCGGUGGGCUUCGGCAAGGUCGCCAUCGUCACAGGGUGCGGCUCGGGCGUGGGCCUCGCGUGCGCGCAGCUGCUCCUGGCACACCAGUACUCCGUCUGCGGGCUCGACACGCGCGAGUUCAACUACGCGCUGCUUCAGGAGGCGGACCACGGCCGGUUUCAUUUCCACCGCGCCGAUCUCACUGGGCCGAAGGCGUGCGAGGAUGGGGUGUAUGCUGCUGUUGCUUCCUUUGGCGGACGUAUCGACUUGCUCGUCAACGUUGCGGGCGUGAUGGGAUCGUUUAGCAGCGCCGACGGCGUGACGGACUCGGAGUGGGAUCGGGUAGUGGCCGUGAAUCUCACGGUCCCGGUCAAGAUGAUGAGGUCGGUGAUCCCCUUUAUGCUCGAGAAGAAGUCGGGCGUCAUCGUCAACGUCGCCAGCACGGCCGGCGUCUCGGGAGCCGUGGCUGGGAUAGCGUAUACGUGCAGCAAGCACGGUCUGAUCGGCGCCACCAAGAAUGUGGCAUGGCGCUUCCGCAAGGAAGGCAUCAGGUGCAACGCGGUGCUCCCUGGCGCCAUCGACUCGCGCAUCGGCAAGGCCAUUGCCGCCGGCCACGGAGGAGACGAGGAGUUCGAUGCAGAGGCGUACGCGCAGGUUGAGCCCGUUCAUGCCCUCCACGCCCAGGCGUCCGACUCGACGCCGAAUAUCACGCCACUUGAGGUCGCGCAGUCGGUGGUGUUCUUGGCGACGGACCAGGCGAGAACGAUUAACGGGUAUGUGACCUGCCUGAUGUUGAAUACGGACAAUGGAAGACACGUUUGGGCUGGAGUUGUUUUUCAGGGACAUCGCCUACCUCCCGGUCGAAUAACCCAUCACCACAAUACGACGAAGAUGGACAACAAAUCAACAAAAAAGCUCGGGCGUUGGCUCGAACCCUAUCCCUACGUAAAACCAGCGCCCCAGUUUCUUCAUCACCCGUUUAACCACCAGGCUACGUGGCCCCAGCAAGUUUGCACUAUACCAGGGAGACUCUCCUUCCUCUGA